ACGGUGCAAGUGCGGACAUAAUUUUGUUGAGCAUUGCGAGGAGAAACCUGUCAUGUGUUAACGGGCAUUUCUUUCGUCCGUUAUAUUGUUACUAGUGACUGAAUCCGCGCAUCGGCCUUAAUCUUCGCGUCUGAGGAACUGUCAGCGUUUCCAAACACCGUCAGCAGGUGAUUAUGGUGGCCAUGGCGGCGAUGGAGACGACUCAGAGCAGCCCAGCGAUGCAGGGCCGAGCGGUCAGCGUGAGCGUCGACUCCCUGGACGUGGUGGCCUCUUCACACUCCACUGGCGCUCAGGGGGCGGCGGCAUCCACUCCUAGCGCUGCUGCAGACUCGCUGGCAGUCGUCGACCCGGCCGACCAGGACGAAAAAGUCGUCAAAGUGGAGUUGGCCAACUUGUCAGCCGCGACAAGCAAGGAGGAUAUUGAUGACGAGGAUGGAGAAACGGAGGAUGAUCUGGAGACUGUGAAACCGAGAGGGAACGCGUGGGCGGCGAAAAAGACGGUGGCGCAGGGAAUGAUGGACAUUGCGCUGCUCACCUCCAACGCCAACCAGCUGCGCUACCUCAUCAUGUACGGCAAGCAGAGCAGCACCUACGUCAUCAGCAUCACACUCAUUGCCAUCAGCAUCUUACUGCAGGUGGCCGUGGGCGUGGUGCUCAUCUUCAAGGGCAAGUCCGACUUGAAGGGCGAGGAGAAGAAAGCGCACGCCAAUAAACUCAACAACUACGUGGUGGUGGGCGUCUUUCUGGUCACCAUCAUCAACGUGUUCGCAGCGUCCUUCAGCGACGUUUCGCCCGCGCCAGCUUCCCCUUAGUCUUCUAUAGUGUCCACUUAACCUUGUAACGUACACGACAGGCAGUCAGGCAAUGCCACCAAUGUCAGCUCCAGACCUUGUUGUACAGUCGUACUUGUGUGCGUGUUAUGUGACUUAGUGCCUGAGCAAUUUUUUACAUUCCUUAUAAAGAAGCUGUUGUCUUUAUUCUUCGAAAGUGACUGAGAAAAGUGAAACAGUGGUUUAGACAAUGGACUCGUACGCUGAUUGAUUGCGUUUCAAAUCCCGUUAUGGACAUCUUCAUUUAGGUUUCCUGCGAAUGGCGGGAUGAUUGUUUCAAUAGGGGUGUGGCUGAUUGCCUUUCUCAUCGUUUCCGACUGAGUUUGUCAUCUUUCUCGAAUGACGGUUACAAGACGUUAGCUCUAGCCCUAGUUUAACAUAAAAUUUACCAUUGUGCGCUGAUCUGGGUUGGUAGAAUUAUCACCACUAUUAGACGGUCGUGAGAAUACACACAAAGGCUUGCGGAUGCCAUAAACCAGAUAGUAUUCCCUAUUCUGAACCCAUCAUUUCGUAAGGUUGCAUCUUUGGCUGGGCGUCCCAGUAAGGAACCGGCUGAAAGUUUUCCACACUAAGGAAAUGUAUAUUAGCUAUUCGGUUUCAGUGAUUUCCAAAAGUAGGCGACGUACUGCUUUGUGCGUUGGCGCCCAAGCUGUGUGUGGCGUGGAUCUGUUGUCCUCUUCUUAUGCUUGGCUAUGCGUACGUUCGUAUGCUCUUCCCAGGUACUGAACGGAAGUAUGAUUGGGUUUAACGUCUCGUCGACAGUGCAGUCAUUACAGACGGAGCACAAGCUCUCAUUGCGAAACGAUGGAGAGGUAAUCGGUCGCGCUCUUUUGAAAGGAACCAUCCCGGCAUUUUCCCGGAGAGAUUUAGGGAAAUCACGGAAAACCUAAAUGUGGAUGACCAGACGGGGAUUUGAAUCGUCGCUCUCCCGAAUGCGAGUCCAGAGUGCCUGCCCCUGGUACAAGGGGGGAAAGCAGUUGUCUUCCUCCUCUUCGCCUUAAUACGUGACCAUAGUGUUCUGUGUUGCUUAGGUUACGGCUGUGUGGUCAGAUAUUACUGAACCACCUCUCAUGAUCAACUUACCCAACGUGCUUUUGUGUUGAACACUUGACGGUCACCUUCAACUGUUAAAAUUAUUUAUUCAGAGGCAACAAUGAUGUCUUUUGAAAAGUUUUAUAUGAGUGUGAACUGCAUCCAAGAAAAAUUAAUCAAUAUUUUGAUAUGUGGGAAAAAUCACCAGAAUAUUUCUCGUUGAUUCUGGGAAGAUACACGAUCAUUGUUGAUUAUUGUACUGCGACCAUUUAUUUAUCUGUAAACACUGAAGAGUGUGUGA